AUGAGUGUGAGAGGGGUUUUGCAGGAGGCGGGCCUGGGUGUGGCAGGUCGUGCAGCUGUUUUCAGCGGGGACAGAGUCCAGGUGUUGGCAUUGCAGCGUUCUGUAG